UUCGUCGUCGCUUGGUUUGUUUUCUUCUCGGGGGUGAGGGUUUGCUUUAUUUCAUUCCAUCAAAAAAUAACCUUGAUGAACAAUAUCUUUAGCACUCAAUUUCGACAGAUCCUUUUGCUAGUCGAUCAGCAUCUGACUACGCAAGAUAAGGAAAGAUUUCGUUUUUAUUGUAGCAGUUUUCUGCCGAAAUCUGUUAAGAGUAUGCUAGAAAUAUUCGAAGUCUUGGAAGACCAACAUGUCAUUUCAUAUCAGGACGUGAAACUUCUUAAGGAAUUUUCAAUCACCAUCGGUCGCAACGAUGUCGCCAAGUUGCUUGCAGAGUACGAAACGAGAGUUAGUUUGAAGAUGAUAAUCUAUGGGUAUUUGGAUUUUAGAUCUGGAUGCAGAAAUGUCAAAUCGCCUAUGUUGUUGACGACUGACUGCGUUUCAAAGCAUCUCGUCAAUGGCGGAAGUCACUCGCAUGACAGAGUGAAAGUGGUCGUAAAGAAGCUCCAUGGUACUUUUGCUUUAAAAUUCGCUUUUGGGAAUUUCAUCGACAAAUGUUUCCCAAUAUCAACAGAAAAGUACAGAUGGAAUGAUGUAUUGGAUGUGAUCCAGAUCUGCGCGGAGUUCGUUUAUCUACGAUGGAUGUACAUGCGAAACUUCAAGCAGAUGAUGUCCGACAUUGAGGAAGUUGUUGAAGAUGUUCUGAGGAUAAGAAUUGUUCCUUGGAUGAUGAAGAACGGUGGCAUGAGUGGUUGCUACUCUGUCGUUGCACCUGUGCAAAAUUGGUGAUUGUAAAAGAGUGAAGUACAGUUAACUGCCUAUCAAAGGGAAGCAACUGAAAUAUGAUAGAGCAAACAAAGCAGUGUGAGAAGAAAACAUUUGAGCUUCAUAAACAAACAAACAAAAACAGAUUGUAAAAAAAAGAAAAAAAAAAGGAAA